GGAAUGUUAUUUAUUGCAAAAGUCACGUAGGCCAGACUUGAAUACUGCGCGCGUGUUGAUUGUUUUUUAAAAAUAACCUGCGGAAUUAUUUAGAAACUACAUUUUUUACUUCGUAAUGUAUGUUUUGUGAAUAAACAAAUGGAAGACUUUGCUUUAAAUCCAGGCGUAGUUGUAGUUCGCGCAAAACCCGAAGGACAAAGGAAAACUUUCAAGCCCAAUAUACGUCCAGUAAAUAAAAUUCCUGAUGAGUUGUUGAAUGAUCCAUUAUUGAAUAGAGCUUGUGAAUCAUUACCACAAAACUAUAAUUUUGAAGUACACAAAACAAUAUGGAGAAUAAGAUCUUUGAAUGCGAAAAGAGUGGCGUUACAAAUGCCAGAGGGUCUUACAAUGUUUGCAACAACGUUAUGCGACAUUAUAGAGGUUUUUACGGAUGCAGACACAGUGAUAAUGGGCGACGUUACGUAUGGAGCAUGCUGCAUAGAUGAUUACACUGCGCUUGCACUUGGCGUCGAUCUGCUCGUACACUAUGGGCACUCCUGCCUGAUACCCAUAGAUCAAACAAGUGAUGUGAAGGUGCUCUAUAUUUUUGUUGAUAUCAAAAUAGAUCCUUCUCACUUUGUGCAAACAAUCAAUCUAAACUUCCCUAAAAGAACACAUUUAGCAUUAGUUAGUACAAUACAGUUUGUCACAACUCUACAUUCUGUUGCUAAAAAUCUUCGAAGUGAAGAUUACAUAGUAACAGUCCCACAGUGCAAACCAUUAUCACCAGGGGAAAUUUUAGGUUGUACUGCACCCAAAUUAAAUUCUGAUGUUAUAAUAUAUUUAGGAGAUGGCAGAUUUCAUUUAGAGUCCAUCAUGAUAGCUAAUCCAAAAAUUCCUGCAUAUAAGUAUGACCCAUAUGAGAAGAAGUUCACAUCAGAAUUGUAUGAACAUGAAUUAAUGCAAAUGAAUAGACAAAAUCAAAUCAAAACAGCAGAGGGUUCAGGUAGCUUCGGACUUAUAUUAGGCACCCUUGGUAGACAAGGCAGCACUAAAGUACUAGUUAACUUGGAGAAACAAAUAAAAAAUUCUAAUAAGAAAUAUGUUAAAAUUUUGCUGUCAGAAAUUUUUCCCAGUAAGUUAUCUUUGUUUAAAUUAGAUGCUUUUGUUCAAGUUGCUUGUCCUCGAUUAUCUAUUGACUGGGGUACAGCAUUUUCUAAACCACUGCUGACACCAUAUGAAUUUUCUGUUACAUUAGGUAAUAGUAAAUGGCUUAUGGGGGAUGGUACUUAUCCCAUGGAUUUUUAUUCAAAUGACAGUCUUGGGCCCUGGACUCCUAAUUAUAAACCUGUUCUCUGUUCGGGUACAGAUAAAAAAUGUGAUAAUUGUUGUGGAGGCAAAGAAAAAGAUGGUUUAAGUAAAUAAUUUUUUUGAAAAUUCUAACAACUAACUUAAGUAUAUUGUAUAAAUAUUGCAAAUCUCAGUAACAAUUGUAUUUAUAAACAUUAUUUUUAAAUAAAAAAUUGACUGAUUUUAUGAUAAUUUGACAUAUUAUUUUGUUAUUAUAAAGAUAAGGAAAUAAUGUUUUUAUAUUUGACCCAAAAUUGUUAAAAAAGUCCUCUCAGUAUAAGUAUUUAGCUUAUUAUGUUCAAUAUAUAAGUACCUAACCAUUGUUAACAGUCUAUUUAAUUAAAUAUUUGUAUCUUAUUAGAGCCCCAUGGGGAAAGACAGCAGCUGCCUCAUGUGGUUGGGUAAAUGCUUGUGAAUUCAAAAACUUGGAUGGGAAUGUUUCUGUAAAGUUCUGUAUCACACAUGACACAAGAAAUGUACCACCAUUUCUUGUGUCUCAUCUGUAAUAAUUUAUUCUAUGAGAGUCAUGUGCGUAUUUAAUGGAAAAUUUAAGUCAGUUAACAUACUUAAAGUAUAAAAAGAGUGAUGUUAGUCUCUUAGUACCUGUUUAUUUGUAACUAAAGUAAGGGCUCUUAGUACAGGGGUUUUCAAAGUGCAAGAUGCGCUCUUUAUUAGGGGUAUAGAUGGGGCAAGGGAUGAAUGGUCCAAAUAAACAUUAAAAUUGGAUUCACACCUGCAUCUAGGACAUGUUAUUUAAGCAGGUCUGACUGAUUUAAUCUGAAGGCGAACUAACUUUGGAAACCUUUGUCUUAAAAGAUAUAAAAUAUUAAGAGAGGUUUUAAGUAUAGCAACUAUUUUAAUUAUUUUACCAACCUGUGCAUCAAUACAACAGAAUAACAGUACUUGAAUAACUGUGGGUUUAGGCGUCCCCUAGUGUAUACACACAAUGACAGUAAGUAGAUCAUCUAGCUGGUUCUCAGGAAUAUCUGGAUCAUAGGAAUUAUUUUUUAAUGGGAUAUUUAUAUAUAUUUUGUUUAUAUGUAUAAACUCAUACAAUAUGUACAAAUUCAUACAAUUUUUGUAAAAAGUUAUUUAAUUUAUUUAUUAUCGAUCAGGCUGUGUACCUAAGUAUGUUAUUACACAGUACAAUUCAUUUUAUUUCAAUUAAAAAUACAACAAUCUUGGUAAAUUAAAUUUUAUUGAAUGCAGAAAAGCUAGAUUGUAUUUUAUUUAAAAUUCAAUAUUCAAAAUAAAAUCUAAUUUACAACAA